AUGUUAAAUAAAAGAGCUAAAGCACACUUGUUGUUGUUCAUGUUCAUGUUUUUACUAAUACUAAAUUUUAGCUUGUCUCAGGGUGAUGAACUCAAGCUGCUCUUAUCCUUCAAAUCAUCAAUCAAUGAUCCCUCUAGUUUCCUCUCCAACUGGAAUUCCUCUACCCCAUUGUGCCUAUGGCAUGGAAUCAGUUGCAACAAUUUUUCUAGGGUAAAGGUAAUUGAACUCAUUGAAAAAAAUAUUUCUGGGAUAAUUUCAUCUUCAAUCUUUCAUUUGCCAGAGAUUGAAAGUAUCAAUCUUUCAACUAAUCGAUUCUCUGGAGAAAUUCCCAGUGACUUGGUUUUUUCUGUGUUUCUUCGAUAUCUUAAUCUUAGUAACAAUCAUUUGACGGGUGGAGUUCCAAACUGUUCAAUAUCAUUAGAAAUUUUGGAUAUCGGAAAUAACUUGUUUUCAGGUAACAUUCCACCUCAAAUUGGAGUAUGCUCAAAUCUAAAAGAACUUCAUCUUGAAGGCAAUAACUUGGUGGGGAGAAUUCCAAGCUCCAUAUCAAAUAUCAGCAGUUUGCAAAUCUUAACUCUUGCUUGUAACGAAUUGAUUGGCCAAAUUCCACAUGCAUUAAGCAAAAUGAAGAGCUUGAAGUGGAUUUACUUUGGGCAUAACAAUCUUUCCGGUGCAAUUCCAAGAGAACUUUUUAAUUUAGUUUCUUUGAAUCAUCUUGAUCUUGUCGACAACAAUCUCAGUGGACAAAUUCCAUCCUCACUUGGAAACCUCACCAAUCUUCAAUAUCUCUUCCUCUACGAAAACAAGCUUACAGGUUUGCUUCCUCGAUCCAUUUUUGGCCUCAAAAAGCUUGUUGAACUUGAUCUUAGUUAUAAUCAUUUAUCGGGUGAGAUUCCAGAACUCAUAAUUGAGUUGAAGAGUUUGGAGAUUCUUCAUCUUUCCUCCAACAACUUGACUGGAGAGAUUCCUUCUUUGAUCUGUAAGAUAAGUUCCAUCGAAGUUCUAAACUUAGCUGAUAACAACUUAAGUGGAACCAUUUCACCAUGUCUGGGAAACUUUAGCAACCGUCUUUCGAUCUUAGAUUUACAGAGCAAUAGUUUUCAUGGAACCAUCCUUGAAACUUUUCGUGAGGACUGCGGAUUGAGGAAUAUCAACUUCAAUGGAAACAAAUUGGAAGGGUCUUUACCACGAUCCUUGGCCAAUUGUAAAAACUUGGAAAUGAUGGAUGUUGGUGACAACAAGAUAAAUGGUACAUUCCCUUAUUGGCUGUAUACUCUGCCAGAAUUACAAGUUCUUGUUUUACGGUCAAACAAAUUACACGGUGUCUUACAAAGUUCCAAGAUCAUCCAUCCCUUUCCCAAGUUACGAAUUCUUGACCUUUCUAACAAUGACUUCACUGGUCCUUUGCCCAAAGGUAUAAUAAAGAACUUGAAGGCCAUGAUGAAUCUCAGUGAACAGCAAAGUUCUUUACAAUAUAUGCAAGGAAGAUACUAUUAUUAUCAUGUCAACUUGACAGUGAAAGGAUUUUACAGUGAAUUUCCUGAAAUCUCAAAAACAUUGACAAGCAUUGAUCUGUCAAAUAAUAACUUUCAUGGGGAGAUUCCAAGUGUUAUUGGAAAGCUCCGUUCACUUAGAGGUCUCAAUCUUUCUCAUAACAGCCUUGGCAGUCAAAUCCCUACAUCAAUGGGAAAUUUGACCAGUUUGGAAUGGUUAGACCUCUCCUCAAACAAGCUCACUGGGCAAAUUCCUAAUGAAUUGACAGAUAUGACAUUUCUUGCCUUCUUGAAUGUUUCACAUAACCGACUCACCGGACCAAUUCCUCAAGGCAAACAGUUCUCUACACUUGAAAAUGGCUCAUAUGAAGGAAACUUGGCACUAUGCGGCUUUCCAUUGUCAAAGGCUUGCAACAACGAUGGCAGAAAACAAUCAUCUCCAUCAUUCUUGAAAGAGGCAGAUGACUCAGAGUCCAAGAUCAGUUUUGGCUGGAAAAUUGUGUUGAUGGGCUACGGAUGCGGACUGAUAUUUGGAGCCGUCAUUGGAUAUGUUACGUUCAGGAAUGGUGAACCAAAAUGGUUUGUGACAUUGUUUCGAGUGAAAUAUCAUUGA